CUGUAAAUUGAUUCUCUCGUUCUGGUCUCUUGUUGCAUCUAGGAUACCAGGAUAACAAUCGGAACAAGGUCUGGGUGGUUCGCUGUUAGAGAAAUGAGCGCCAUUGAUCUUCCCCGCCUUGGCGCCUCAGUUCGGUAGUCCGGUUAUUGGUCUGCCUGUGUGCAUGCAUGCUCUUCACAGUAACCGUGAAAACUUACGAGGCGCGCCACACUCACUUGAACACGUUCCGACUCUUUCACUUUCCCACGUCCAGCCAUUCGUCCAAGUACUUCAGUCUAUAAGGGACAAGAGUCGUUUGUACUGCUUGUUCUUUUGCCCAUCAUCCCACCUACCGACACGUAGUCUGCACUCAUGAGCGCGCGUACCGCCUCGUAGCUAAUGUAGUCUACUCAUGGCAGGUACGGUAAUAGACACAGAGAGCCCAGCGGACAUUAUUCACCAAAUUGACGCAAACUAUUAUCUGAGCCUCGUGGCAUUCACGAUCCUUUAUUACGAUUACGCCUUAACCCUACCCGACGAGGUACGAUUUAUCUGGAAGAAGAAAACGAGCCUCGUUACUGGUCUCUUCUACACCAAUCGCUACCUUUCAAUCCUUGGGACGAUUCCAAUCGUUCUGCAGAGUUUUGGAAACUGGUCUGCAAAGGGAUGUGACGAUUUGCAAAAAUAUCAUCAAUUUUUAUCCAUCAUAGUGCAAAUCAUUGUCGCAGUCAUCGUGAUUCUCCGGACUUAUGCGUUAUAUGAAUGUAGCUUAAAAGUAUUGCUGUCAAUGUCCUCGUUCGCAGUUAUUGUCAUUUGCUUCGUUAUCUGGGCUGUGCUGGCGCCAGCUUCCACAGUACAAGAGCAGUACGACCUCUCGUCGAUGCUGGGAUGCAAUGCUAAUCUUUCAUUUGAAUUGGCUGCCAAGCUGUCUGGGGCAUGGGCAAGCUUACUGGUUUUCGAUACCGCAGUUGUCAUUCUUACUCUACGAAAGGCGAUAAUAAUCAAGAAAUUAGAGAAUCGCAAGCUCUUCUACGUUCUUAUUCGGGAUGGGACUGUUUACUAUUUUGUCUUCGCUAUGAUAAACAUGGCACAAAUCAUUAUCUUUCUGACUGGAGCACCAAUUGUCAGGGGCGUACUCACUACCUUGGCCAAUGUGAUCUCAACGACGUUGAUAUCACGUUUAAUGCUUAAUCUACAGAAUCCUCGUCUUUUUCAUGCAAACAAUGAUCGAACCGCAAUUUCGACCCUUGGCGCAUUCGUCGCACGUGUGCCGGACCAAAGCACCGUUUCGUCAGGUUUAGCAUCUAAUAAUACCCUUACGGAUGAGAGCACGCGAUACGCAUCCUCGGACGGCGGGACUUGGACUCUGCCAAACAGGUCUCAUAUUGUUAGAAAGAUAGAUAUCCAACAAGACAUCGAGCUUUCCGUGAUCUCUGAUCACACAGAUGGGGAUCUUAAAUAGAAGUAGAAGGGGUUAAGAUUAUCGCGUCGAACUGGAACUUCGCCUCAGUUGAAGUCGAUUCUCCGUAAUGCUCGCUGUCUCUUAACGGCGAAUAGCUGGAUAGCAACAACGCUCAUUACUAAUAGACGUUCGGAAGGUCGAUAUCUUUGUCGUGCGAACUACGUCGGGCAAGUUGUAAUAUCACGGAGUUCGUCGAGGGCGGAGUUCCCCGCUCCUCCUAUUCAACCAGCUAUCAGAUCCCGUUGCCAAUUUGAGAACGUUCAUCUGCGAUCAAUGGUGGUGAGGAUAUGAACAGAACCGGGGUUUCCGUUUUGGACAUCGUAAGAAGACGACGCUCAGACCUCUUUCACAGGUGUCCCGAAUUCCGAUCAACGAUAUACAAAUUGUCCCAUUCAUCUCCGUUGGGGGCUCAAUUACUUUCGCUCUUUCCCGAGCAACAUUUCAAUCCGUCUAUUCAUAACCCGCGGACAUCACAGGGAGAAUCUCACUACAGGUACAUAUGAAAACAAGGGCUUUCAGCUUAGUAACAGAGGCGGGGAGAGACACGUAUUGCAACCUGGGAGCAAAUUUGGCGGGAAGUCGAAUAUAUGCAAUACACAUACGGAGGUAGUAAAACUGAUGAGAUGUUCAAAUGGUUUAUUUACAUGAAAGCGGGAAGGUCGAAACGGCAUUUGGGAA